AGGAAUUUAUCCAAACGCCCCGCGCAUCAGAAUAACCUAUCAUUCAGAAAUUUGACUUAUUUCUAUCGGGUCGAAUUAAGCUGGAAUAUAGGAUUCCAAGGAGUAGCAAGCUCGUAUCACUGCAUACAGAACAUGAGAAGACCGAUAUUUUUUAUCGUUCUUUCGACCCAUUUUCUCCUGGGGAUCCGUUCUGCUAGCGAGGGAAGCGACACCUACAUGAGGCCCAAGGUAUACUCCAGACUUGAAGGCAGCGUCCCAGCAAAGGCAGACGGGAGCUAUACGGGUUUCAUUGCCGUGAUCGAGCUGAACAUGAACGAUUCUACAGUGAAGCCCACAUUGCUCGGAGCCAUCAUUUCCAAGAGGCGCAUGGGGAAAAAGUCCCACUUUGACCUGGGAUGGAAAGGAGGCUGCAACUGUCCAAGGCUAACAGUUUAUUCAGAAAUGUCCUUGCUGGGCCUGGAAACCAAACUUAGGCACAUCCUGACUACCGCCAACCUUCUGGAUCAAAACGUCUGGGCAAGCCAGGGCUUGUCGAUUAACAGCAUUGAUGUCUCCGUUAAAGUUCUGGGCGGGAAUGCGACAAAAUUCGUCAAUCUGACAACUUCAGACGUUAUCAAUCAUCCAAAAUAUGUAACACCCAACGCUACAUCUUCUGAGGACGAUUUUCUGGAAUCUCAACCAGCGAUUCUGACACUGAACGCUGAUGUUGCCAUAGGCAUAGACAACGAAUUAAGAUCAAUUCCGAUUUCCUGCUCCAUCAAUGAUACAAGCGUUUAUAGUUUUCUCGCUAUCUAUGACUGGGCAAAAUCGUCCACCGAAGAUGGAUUCGAGCUUUGGAGAGCAUAUUAUUUUUGGAAAAAUUGCCCGGCCAACCCAUCAUUUACCAAGGAAUGGUCUUUGUGCUUUCAGUUUGUCGAACCACGCAUGUACAAUGUGUCUGACAUGGGAAUCUUGGGAUCACCGAUAGUAAGAGAUAGCCUGGUCCAUGAAAAAGCCGCACUGAUCGCAGUCAAGGCCAGAACGUACAACGUAUCAGCUACAGAGUCUUUGACAUCCGCUACAAGCAUGAGCUACAGCGAGAUUUACAAAUUCGUUUGCCAAUAUGCUGACGUGUGCAUCAAUAAUGGCUCAGCAGCCACCACUAUAACCGAAGUCCUUUUGACUAAUGCUACCAGCAGUACAGUUGUAACUUCGACUACCGCUGUAACUCCCACUACCACUGCAAAUGUGACUAGCACUGCUGCAACUGAGACUAGUAUUAAUGUCACGACUGCAACGGCGACUGAUGGUAACACUACCAUCACUGGAACUGGGAAUAAUAAUGCUACCACCCUAACAUCAAUUAAUAAUACCACCACGGCAACUAACCUGACUGUUGAUGUUACGAUUAUCAAAAGUAAUGCGACUACUCGUCGUUACGAUUAUACUGGACCAGAUCAUGAUGACCAUCAUCAGGAUGAGGAUGAGAAUAAGUGGUCCAGUUUCAUGCAACUAAUCAACAAUGGAAUCCGUUACUUUUUCGGAUGAGUUUAUUCAGGCAUAAAUGAUUAUAUGUUUGCUUCCCGAAGGCGGAUCAGAACAAAAUGUGUUGCAUUGCAUAUUUGAGAGUGUUUAUUCUGUGUUGCCUCUUAUUUUUGUCUGCGAUGUUGGUUUUACGUUUAUAUGCAUAGGAAUACAGUAAGACCCCCAGAUGUGGACAUAAUUGGUGUAUCAAGAGUGUCCCUAAGUCGAGAUGUGUUUUCCCAUAGACUUGCAUUAUAUAAUUUUUAAUUGAUGUUUUCUGGAAAGAAAUAUUGAUCAAAAUUCCUUUUUAAAAUUGAGGAAAAAAAUUCUAAUGAUAAGAAAUUAUUGAAUCAGUGUUUUUCAAGUCAUGUAUAAAAUUGGAGCAUUGGGGACCUACAAAAUUCACAAAAUGUACAAUUUCUGUGCUACUGCUGAAUGUUAAGAUCCAUCAAUUCAGCAAAUGUUCUCUUCCUUUCUUCUCCAGCUGUGGCAUCUUUUUGAUUUCUUUUUUGAGUUCCACAGUUGGCAUAUUCCUGAUUAUUCCAGAUGUUUUUGUCUUCAAGGAAAUUUUCCAGUUUUUUUUAGCUAGCCUUCUUGAAAUUAACUUAUAAAACUUAGCUUUUUGUCAAGCAAAAAGUUGAGAAUAAUGUUUUUCAACAGUUUCUUAGGAACAUACAGGAAAAAAUGUCUAAGUAAACAUGCUGCACCUCUGUACACUAUUGAAAAUUGAGAUGUUAGCAUCUCCUGUAAAAAUGAAAUUAUACAAAAAGAGAUAAGGAAAUCCCUUUUUUUGAGAAUCUCUAUGCUUGAGAUAAUUUUUAAAAUUAGCUAAAUGGAAGGGAAAAUGAUGACAGAAUUUUAAAACAAUUUUUGUCACAUAAAUCUACCCAUCUUAUGGUUCUGAAUAUCUGUUCCACGAAAUUUCUGAAAAUUUUGAUUUUCUGAAAAUUUUGAUGUCCGCAGGUCGAGUCAGUGUCUGCAGGUUGGGUCUUUUUUAAUUAUAAGGAAAGUGUCCCUAAGUCAAAUUGUCCGCAGGUCAAGGCGUUUGCAUGUGGGGGUCUCACUGUACAUUCCUUAGUAUGGUGAUGAGGAUUUUGAAGUGACACUUUGACUAUACGGCACUUUUUUCUUGCACAAAUUGAGCACAUUUUUCUUUGUUUUGCAGUAAAAACUCGAGUGCUGUAUGAUCAUCUGUAAUUUGCACAAGAUAGUGUGGAAUUGAAGAAAAUAAAAAAGCACAAGCAUCAAAA